UCAAUACAAUGUAGAGGUUGGAAAUCCAUGUAUUUCAAUCCAGAAAGGAAGGGCUUCUUGGGUGUUGCGCCCACAACACUGUUGCAGUCACUAGUACAACAUAAGAGAUGGUCUGAAGGCAACCUUCAGAUCUUCCUCUCAAGGCACUGUCCACUUAUAUUUGGAUACAAAAAGGUGCCUCUGAAACUUCAACUCUCAUACUCUAUCUAUAAUCUGCGGGCUGCAUACUACUUGGCUAUGCUAUACUAUGUUGCCGUCCCAUACCUUUGUCUCCUUGGAGGCAUCUCCUUGUUUCCAGAGCUUAGGUGAGUUUCUUUGGCUUGAUGGCACAAUCCAAGGUUGGUGGAAUGAUCAAAGAAUACGGAUGUUCAGAAGGACAACUUCCUACUUCUUUGGCUUCCUCGAUACGAUCUUGAGGAUACUAGGCUUUGUUGAGACCAUUUUUGCUGUCACUGCAAAGGUGUAUGAUGAAGAUGUGUCUCGAAGAUACAAACAAGAAAUCAUGGAGUUUGGCUCUCCUUCACCAAUGUUUACCAUUUUAGCAACACUUGCGAUGCUCAAUCUGUUCAGUUUUGCUUUUUGUGUAGAGAGGGUGGUUGUGGAUAUUCAAAUUAAAGCUUUAGAGUCAUUAGCUCUGCAGAUUAUCUUAUGUGGGGUUCUUGUUCUCAUCAAUCUGCCUGUAUACCAAGGGCUCUUUUUCCGCAAGGACAAGGGCGCCAUGCCCAACCUCUGUCACAUACAAAUCAGUUUCUUUAGCGCUGUUGGCCUGUUCAAUAGCCUUGUAUUAGUUUACUGUAUCAGUAAGAAGUCUCUUUACCGCAACUUUAUAAGUCUUAUAUAAGGCUCUGAAGAACUGUUAUAUAUGUAUGAUUGAUGCAAUUUCAACUUUCAAUCAUGGAUAGUAUAUGUUUUUGCAGGU